AUGGAGGCAACUCUACGAAAUCUGGUUCAGUCCAACCUGCAAUGGAUUUUUGUGGGCGGCAAAGGCGGCGUCGGAAAGACUACCACUUCGUGUGCGCUCGCUGUUCUCCUUGCUUCGACACCGAGGGUCGACCGCACCACAGGUAAGACGACUUUUCCACGUAUCUUAUUGCUUUCAACAGACCCUGCCCACAACCUGAGCGACGCGCUCAAUCAAAAAGUCGGUGACUUCCCGACACCUAUUAAAGGCAUGGAGACGACCUUGUUUGCGAUGGAAAUCAAUCCGAUGAGUUUUACACAAGGGAAGGAUGUUUUUGCGGAGGCUUCCCAACGGAAUCCCACUUAUGACUCCUCUAACGCUCCCACCACCACCCCGGGCGCAACUUCGGCGGGCGUAUCGCCGUUUGCGGCUCUUGGGAAGAUUUUCCGGGAUGCCGCCAGUUCACUCCCUGGGAUUGAUGAGCUAUCGGUUUUUGCCCAAAUCCUGCGUGGGGUGCAGGAUUUGAAGUUUGAUGUGGUACUUUUUGAUACGGCCCCAACCGGGCAUACACUACGGUUGUUGGCGCUCCCACAAACCCUUAACACGACGUUCGAUAAAUUGAUGAAUAUGGAGGGGAUUGCGCCGAUUUUAGGAGCAGCUGAGCACCUCUUGAAGAAUGUCAUGAAGACACCAUCCGCGGAAGGUUCGAAUGCAGAAUCUUCUGAUUCAAUAACCUCGCAAGGGUUGACUGGCAUUGCGGAGGAAUGGCGUGGUCAAGUUCAAAAGGUUCAAGAACAAUUUAACGAUGCGACUAAAACGGCCUUUGUGUGCGUCUGCAUAUCGGAAUUUCUGAGUGUGUAUGAGACCGAACGCCUUAUCCAGGAUUUGAUGAAGUACAACAUCCAAUGCGAUAGCAUUGUGGUGAAUCAACUUGUCUUGAAGCCAUCCGGGGAGCCGCCAUGCCGCAUGUGUGCCGCAAGACAGAGAGUGCAAGCCAAAUAUUUAAUCCAGCUCGAGGAUCUUUACGAAGACUUCCACCUCGUAAAAAUGCCACUACUAAGUAAUGAGGUCCGAGGCGUCGAGUCCUUGCGCAAAUUCGCAAAGUUUCUGCUAGAGCCGUACAAUGUUGAUAAGCAUGGCUAUCUAGAACUAGAUGCAUGCUGAUAAAGACCCAUUUUUCAUGGCUUUAGCAUUUCUCCUGAUAUAUGAUUUUUGGCUAGAAUUUUAAAUAUUACUUUCCGAGAAACCAUAUUGAGGCAGAUUUGUCUGAAAAGAUUCAGCUAAAUUAACCGAAGAUAAUAUCACAACAGGUGUCAUACUUAUUUAAUAUUUAUUUAAAUUGUAUUAAGUGGUAUACACUUAGUAAUGUCUUAAAUAGUGAAUAGUACAAUCCAAUGGGCUAGAGGGGCUUGAGCAGGAAAAUAAAGAAAUUAAUUCUAGAGACAUCUAUGUGUCUUUAAGGUAUAAUUUGCCACAUAGUAUCCAUUGAUUGGAUUAAUGGUGCCUUUAUUUGGAUGAACUUCUUAAUUUAAUUCCCCCUUUAUUCACUCUUUUUUAUUUAUUAUAGCUGUCUACUUGUGUAUGGCAUAAAAAAAAUUGUAGCUCCGAGAGAAAAUAAGAACCUAUUAGACGAAGUACUAUGUGCGUUUCCUGUAUUGCUUUAGGUGAAUAGAUUUCGAAUACCACAGAGAAAAGAAGAAAGUAGCACAUUUAGAGAGUUGAAGGCAGGCUCUCAAUGCGUAAAAGUGUUUGUCUCCGUUAUUUUUGCAGCUAACUUUUACUUUUAGCUUCUGUUCUAGGAAAUGGUCACACAUGUCUACGUUGUAUCAUAUAGGAUUCGAAGAUUAUACCUCGAGCAUUUCAAAACGUACAGUGUACUUUACCAUUAUUCUGCUGUACUCUUCAAUUUCAUCCCUUCUUCGUUUACAUAGGGGCUGUAAUGUGGACUGUUCUUACCUUUUUAAUCAUGAACUUAUAUUUUUCAAUUUUAAUGGGUAUAUUAUCUAAUAAUUACUCGUUACCAAAGACUCUAAUUUCACGGACCCUUCUUUGAGUUUAUAGAAUGUAUAUACUAACAUUUUAUUAUCAAUUUAUAUAUUACUUGUUCUGAAGUGAGAACUGUAAUCUAAAAUAUUGAACAGGUGGGGAACAUUAAGCAUUUGUUCUAAAUAAUAAUAAAUUACCAACCGUAGAUGUGAUUGUCUUACUAUCUUAUUCACACAUCAAUUUUAUGGUGUGAAAAUCCCACUUUGUGGUCGUCUCAUUUGUUUCUAUAUUCAACCCUCCGGCUCACGA